GAGGCAGAGCAGCGCGGGCAGCAUGGCGGGCGGGCGGCGCGGCGGGGCGGGCGGCGCCUCUUAACGGGGCGGGCGGCGCCGGGCGGAGGGGCGGCCCCGGGCGGGCCGGGGGCGGGGGCGGGCGCAGGGGCGGGCCGGAGCGGCCAUGCCCGCGCGGCGCGGGCCCCAGUCUCGCCGCCUCCGCCGGGCCGCGGCCCGCGGGGGCCGGGGGGACGCGGCCUGGAGGGAGUUCGCCGCCUCCUUCGCCCGCGCCGGCAUGGUGCCGCCGGCCGAGCCGGGGCUGCUGGCCGUGGAGUCGGCGGAGGGCGCGGCCGUGCUGCUGCUGGCGCCGCGGCAGGCGCUGACCUUCACCGGGAAAUGCCGCCUGCGCUGCCUCUACGGCGCCGUCCGCCUCCUGGGCUUCGCCGUGUCGCCGCACCAGCCGGGGCUGCCGGUCUUCUCCCCGGGCACGCACUGCGCGCUGUCCCUGGAGGCGCUGCCCGCCGCCCGCCCGCCCGCCGCCACCGCCCGGCAGCUGCGCCUCGCCGCCCGCGCCGCCAUGCGAGCGCACGGCGUCCGCCGCCCGGAGCGGGUGACGGUGAUGGCGCGGUUCUCCCCGGACUGCGCGCUGGUGCUGCUGGAGCACCUGGACACGCCGGUGACGCGGUUCCUGCUGAGCCACCCGCCGCUGUCGCGGCUCUUCGAGCCCCAGAAAAAGGAAGAAUCCGGCUUCACCCCCGAGGCCGCGGUGCUGGCGGCCGUGGGCAUCGUGCCGUGCGGCGCGGAGCGCGGGCUGCUGCUGUCCGAGAGCAUGCUGGCGGCGCUGGAGGAGCUGGUCCGGGCGUGCUGCGCGGAAGACGAAGGUGUCCCGGUGGUCCUGGUGUGUGGCCCGAAAAACACUGGGAAAUCAACAUUUAAUAGAUACCUAAUUAAUCUGCUGCUGAAUCGCCUUCCCUCAGUUGAAUACAUGGAGUGCGACAUAGGUCAAACCGAAUUUACACCUCCCGGAUGCGUGUCCUUAAGUAACGUAACAGAACCAAUUCUCGGUCCACCGUUCACUCAUCAACAAACACCGCUUAAGAUGGUGUAUUUUGGACAGACGAGUUGUGAGCACGACACAGAAAGAUACCUUGAUGUCGUGAAGUACGUGUUCAGCUCCUACAAGAGAGAAGUGCCUUUAGUCAUCAACACCAUGGGCUGGGUGAAAGGGGAGGGGCUGCUGCUGCUGACAGACCUGCUCCGGCUGCUGUCGCCCAGCCACGUGGUGCAGGUGGACGUGUGCGCCUGGAGGGCCAUGGCCCCGCUCACCCCCGAGCGCGUGCAGCUGGCGCCCGGGCUCCACACCAAGGGCCGGCAGCCGGCGCGGCGCGGGCCGGCGGGGAGCUGGGCGGCCGGCGAGGGCGACGCGGCCGCUCCCGAGCACAAGCUGCUGUACGUGCACCCCGAGUUCCCGCGAGCCGGCGUCGCGGGGGAGGCGCGAGUGCACAGCAGCAUCCUGCGUGACAUGGCCAUCCUGGGCUACCUGGGCCAGCUGCAGUCCCCGGACCUGGGGGCGGUGCUGCCGCUGCACAGUCUUGUGCCGUAUCAGGUACCUUUCAACGCUGUAGCGCUGCGGGUUAUUCACACCGACGUCGCUCCCACCAACAUCAUGUACGCGGUGAACGCCAGCUGGGUGGGGCUGUGCCGGAUCCCCGAGGAGAUCCGGGGCCGGAGCGACGGGCCGGUGCUGCUGACGCAGACCCCGGUGUGCGACUGCCUGGGCUUCGGAAUUGUCCGAGGAGUUGAGAUGGAGAGGAAGCUUUACCACGUUCUGACGCCGCUGCCUCCAGAGAAGCUGCGCCGGGUGAACUGCCUGCUCCUGGGGAGCGUCGCCAUCCCGAACUGCGUUCUCGUGGGCCAGCAAGGAGUCGAGGGAGAGAUCCCCUAUGUCACAUCCGAUUAUAACUACAGCAUCCUGGGGUCUGGGAAGCUGAAAAAGAAGAAGCAUUUCAAGAAGAGGGAGUACGCGUUCGAGUGCGAUUACACCUGAAGCCUCGGAGAUGUUGGCAGCGGGGUUUGUUUUGCGGGGAGACUGGUGUGGUCGCGGGGCCCUGGUGCUGCAGAGCUCCGAGAGACCCUGGGCAGGCGUGUCCGGUGUAGGUACCGCAGCGUGUCCCUUUUUGAUAUGGUUUUAUAUUUUCAGUUUGUAUUUUGGUGUUUUGUAAUAAACAUCUAUUUAAAAACA